CGACUGCAUAAAACAAGAUGGCAGCGUCCACGAGCAUGAUGAACAACGUGUGGCUGGGUUCGGAAACGGGCAUUUUAAAAGGUGUCAAUGUGGGUAAGAAGACCGCAACGAAUUACAGUGAUUUGAAGACACUGGACAAAGAGCAAGAAAUAUCAGCAAUGUGCUGGGCAACAGAAGAGGAGCAGAUGCUCUUAACCGGCCUAAGAAAUGGCACAGUGAAGACCUUUGACCUGGAGAAGGGGGAAUUCACCGAGACGAGGGACUGUAGCGGUGGUGAAGGCGUUUUCAGGGGUCUAGCUACAUGGGACGAUUCCCUCAUCACAUGUGUGGAGUCGGGGUUGCUGAAAGUGUGGAAAGAAGAUACAGAAGAGCAGACGGAAAUAAAUGUUGGAGCAAACAUUCGUAAAAUGCGGCAGAAUCCUGUGAAGAGAAACGUUGUGGCAACCGGAGGGAUGGAGAAUGACAUGAAGGUGUGGGACUUGGAGGACCCCGAAAAACCCGUUUUCCGAGCUAAGAAUGUUCGGAAUGAUUUCCUGGAGCUAAGGGUCCCUGUCUGCGUGAACGACAUCAGCUUCAUUCCAGAGAGCUCCAAAAUUGUAACCUGUACCGGACAUCAUCAUUUGAGAGUAUAUGACCCAAGUACUCCCAGGAGAAGACCUGUGAUGAGUGUUGAGUUUGACGAGUACCCGCUCAUGUCCAUGAGUAUUGCACCAGGAGGAAAUUCAGUUGUUGUGGGAAAUACACACGGAAAGAUGGCACACAUUGACUUGAGGAAAGGUCAGGUUCUGAGAGUCUAUAAGGGGUUUGCCGGCAGCAUCCGCUCCAUCCAGUGCCACCCCACACUGCCCUUGGUUGCUUCCUGCAGUCUGGACAGGUUCCUCAGAAUCCACCACAUACCGUCGGGCACGCUGGAAAAUAAGAUCUAUUUGAAGUCACGGCUCAACUGUUUGCUAUUUUCCAGUGCAAGUUUCGACACAGUGGACACCGAGGGUGGGGUCAAGGCAAACGAGAGACCAGUGGGACCUGUGGAUGAAGAGGCAGAGAGCAUCUGGAAGCAGAUGGAGGAGAUCACGGAAGAGUCAACUCAAGCAAAGAGGAAGGUCAAUGCCGAGACCAAGACGGCCGUCAAGCGGAAAGCUCCUCCCGAGACAUGAGGAGUGCGUUUGAUGACUAUUCUGAAUACAGGCCUGAUCCUUCUUUCCCAUCUGAGGGCGAGAUAUUAUUUUCUCAGUAAAUGGAAAUUUGUUCUGGAAAAAUUUAAAAGAUCACCAUAUAUUUGAUAAGUUAUUCAAAUGUGAAUGAAGUAUUCAGGUCCAAUAAGUAACUCAGCACAAAACAAUUUUGUUACCAGUACAUUAUAUGGUUACCAGCUAAAGCUCAUUUUCCUAAUUUCUGCAUUUUGUAAGGGCGCUUAUAUCACAGAUGUCCAUGAUAAGCACUGCCAUCAAAUUUGACAAGGGUUAAUUUGGAACAGAUUUUUGGAGUUGGACUUCUCUUUGCUGUAAAAAAUAUUACACAAUCUACAGAAAAAAAACCCUAAAAAUCAAUCACUUUUUGAAAUGCAAAUUCAAGUGAAUUUAAACCUGAACAGGCAUGUUUUAUUUGUGAAAACGUUUCUGAAGCUUCGUUAUGAGAAUAAAUCACCAAUAUAGAUACAAUGACAAUUGUUUAUCAUGGAUUUGUUCUUUAAAUAUCUAUCCGUCUUUAUGAAACAAAAAAAAAGGUCAUGAUUCUGGGUUCCUGCCCAAGUAAAACUUUUCGGAGAAAUGUCCAUUAACUGAAGAGAAAGUUUUACUACAUUUGGUAGAUGAUUCUGGGAGGGGUAAAGCCCGGUUCAUACUUCCUGCAAAUGCUUCAAGCAAAGCAAAGUUUCUUGCGUCACAAAAGGAAGUUUCUUGCAUCAACAGUUUUGAAUCGCAUUCGCAGGAAAUAUGACUGGGCUUAACACACUUGCCCUCCCUAAAAGACUCUCCUUCUGUUUAUCUGGCAAGCUGUACUCGUGCUGUUAAUUUCCCACACAGAUAGAGCCACUAUAGAGGGCACUAUCAAACAUGUACCGCUAUCACCUCUCCACAACUGCAAACCCCAAAAUAGAUGAAGCUGAGAGUGCGCCAUGGAUCAUGGGAAGAUAUUAACAAAAGAAGAGUCUUUAAUUAGGACUAUCCCUAACCAUACAUUGUUCAAUCUCUGGAGGGAUGGUUAAAAAAAAAGGUUUACCAAUAUUUUAAAACGGCCGGCUGUUUUCUUUAAAAAACACAACAACUAAUUUAUAAUAAUACAAAUACAAAUGAGUACAGAAGACAAACUGUAAGGAAAUAAAUACCCAGUAAUUAAUUUCAUGGUAGGAAGCCUUCAGAUGAUUUGAAGUAAUUAUGGAAUAUACAUGAACAUUGUUAAGGCUUUUCCAUCAAAGCUCUGCUCCCCUAAAUAAAUGGAUGUAACGGAACUGUGUGAUUUGUGCCCAAAAGUCCGACAUGGGCAUCUCACCUAACGCAAGCACAAUUUCAUUCCUUUGAAUGUUUGCAUUUGUUUGGUUGAAAAAGUUGUUAUGAUUGCCAUAUUUUUGAUUGAAUAGCUUAAAAAGCUGGGAAUAAAUAUAAAUAAAUGACUUUGAUCAAUUUAAAAAAAAAAAAAAAUUUGAGUUUCUUACUUGACUGAAUAAAUUUCCACGAAAAAAAAUUCCCCAAUUGCAUAAUUCAGUACAUUAUAUGCCAAAACCACAAAAAGAAAUGAAGUUUAUCUUACAAUUUGUUUUGGUUAAACUGGAAAAUUGAAUUAUAUUCAGGACCCACUUUCAUCAAACCUGUACGUACAAAGUCUUGCUCAACACAGAAAAUAAUAGGUUACCAGCCAAAA